UGAUGAAGGGAAGGUGAUGGAGAGGCUCCUCGGACUUCAGCAUAUUAGUAGUUGUACAGCUGCUGCAUUGAAAGAAGCUCUUAUCAAAAUGCUUAACAGUCAUAAGCUACCAAUCUCUAGGCUUCGUGGGCAAGGUUAUGAUGGAGCUUCCAAUAUGAGAGGUGAAUUUAAUGGUGUGCAAAAAUUGAUUCGAGAUGAAAAUCCGUAUGCAUUCUAUGUGCAUUGUUUUGCCCAUCAAUUGCAAUUAGUGGUCGUUACUGUUGCUACUUGUACCCCAGCCAUUGCAGAUUUCUUUAACUAUGUUCCUCUAAUAGUCAACACUGUUGGUGCAUCAUGUAUGAGAAAGGAUGCCUUACUUGCAAAGCAUCAUGAUGUGUUGUUAGAAAAGUUGGAGAGUGGGGAGAUUAUCAGUGGAAAGGGUUUGAACCAGGAAUGUAGCCUAGCAAGGCCUGGAGAUACUAGAUGGGGUUCACAUCUUAAAACUUUACUUCGUAUUUUGGUGAUGUGGGAAGCUGUCACAGACAUUCUUGAGAUAGUCAAGAAAGACUCUGUUAAACCAACAAGCAAUGGUGCUGGAUUUGGUUUAAUUGGUAAAAUGGAGAGCUUUGAUUUUGUGUUCAUAAUGCAUUUAAUGAUAGAAUUGUUGAGCAUUACUGAUAGUCUAUCACGUGCUUUGCAAAGGAAGGAUCAAGACAUUGUUGAGGCAAUACAUUUGAUCACAGAUGUGAAAGAGCUGUUGCAGGAUUUGAGGGACAGUGGAUGGGAUCCCUUGUUGUCAAGAGUGAUAGCAUUUUGUGUUAAGAAUGAGAUUGAAGUGCCAGAUAUGGACAAGGAAACAAAUGCUAGAGGGACAUCUACACGUAGAAAGCUAAAGGUAACAAACAAGCACUUCUUCCAUGUUGAGGUUUUCCUUGCUGCCAUAGAUGCCAUUUUGUGUGAGAUGAAUCAUCGAUUUGGUGAAGUUAGUUCAGAAUUAUUAGUCUGCAUGGCAUGUCUUAACCCAAGGAACUGCUUUUCUAAUUUUGAUGUGGAAAAACUUGUAAGACUUGCUGAAAUUUAUGCUGCGGAUUUUGAUGUUGGUGACCUUGCUCGUUUGCCUGCUCAACUUAGAGGAUUUGCCAAUCGUGCUAGAAAAAGUCCAGACUUUCUUGGAUGUACAGAGCUUGGAAAGGUUGCUGAAAUUAUGGUGAAGACCAAUAUGAAAACAUCUUAUGGAUUGGUUUAUCGGCUCAUUGAAUUAACAUUAAUUCUUCCAGUGGCAACAGCUACAGUUGAAAGGAUAUUUUCUGCUAUGUCUAUUAUAAAGACAGAUUUACGUAACAGAAUGGGUGAUGAAUGGCUCAAUGACCAAAUGAUAUGCUACACUGAGAAGGAGAUAUUUAGAAACAUCAAGAAUGACAAAAUCAUAAAAAGAUUUGAAGACAUGAAAACACGGCGUAUGUUAGUGCCUCGGAACAAUUUAGUGAUUGCUUCUAAUGAUUCAUGAAGAAUGCAGCAGUGCGAAAGUGCGGAACGUUGAUCUUUGUUGGUUAGUUAUGAAAAACUGUAUCUUUUAUUUUUAUACUUAUGCGUUUUAUAAUACGCUUUCGAUUAUUUAUUAUAGUUAUCAUGUAAAAGGUUCAAAACUGCUAUAGUUUA